AGAAGGAAAAGUAGCAUUUUUUACCCGGAAGUAGAGAGCACGUGUCCGUGUGUCGCAGGCGGAGGGUGGAACAUGGACCACUCAGACUCAGUCAAAGCAAGUGUCCCGUCGUAUUUAAAGGACGCACAGAUGAUUAAACAGGGCGCGGAGGCACGUGUCUAUCGAGGUACUUUUUUGGGUCGGUCCGUGAUUAUUAAAGAGAGAUUCCCAAAAUUAUAUCGCCACCCUGAAGUCGACGAGAAACUGACGCGCCGCAGAACCACACAGGAGGUGCGAUCCAUACUGCGAUGCAGGAGAGCAGGUAUCAACGCACCCGUUGUUUAUUUUGUUGACUACACCACUCAUUGUAUUUUCUUGGAGGAUAUUAUUCACUCAGUGUCAGUAAAAGACCACAUAGCAUCGGCUCAAGCGUCAGAACAGAACCCACAGCAUCUCCAGACUCUAGCAGACAAGAUUGGUGAAACCCUGGCUCAGAUGCAUGAUGAAGAUGUCAUCCAUGGUGAUCUCACCACCUCAAACAUGCUUCUGGUCAGUGGAGCUGAAGACCACAACAUGAAGCUGGUUCUGAUUGACUUUGGGUUGAGUUACAUUUCUGCUCUACCAGAAGACAAAGGAGUUGAUCUGUACGUGUUGGAGAAAGCUUUUCUCAGCACUCAUCCCAAAACUGAGACUUUGUUUGAGAGACUUCUGAAAAGUUACACUGCUUCAUCUAAAAAGUCCUCCGUGGUCCUCAAGAAACUGGAUGAAGUUCGAUUGAGAGGACGGAAGAGGUCUAUGGUGGGAUGAAGUGCAGUACAGCGUAUAUUCUGGCAUUGGAAUGCUUUCACACAGGAUUUGCUUCGAGCUUCCAUCUGUAGUUUGAUGUUGGAAAUGCUAUCAUGAAUGUGUACGUAAUGAAUGGUUUAAAUUCAAAUUCUCCAGUUCAGUGUGGGUGCAUAAUAGACAAAAGCACACCCUCGACCAAAGACUGAUUGAUCUGCUGAAUAUUUGAGCUCUACUAAAAAUACGUGUGUAAACGCGUUAAUCAACAUGUUCAGUGUGCUUCCAAGACCUGUGAAUGAAACCAAUAAAACACUGAUACCA